AUGAAACUAACCAGUUUGGUACUAACUGGUGGGGCUAGCAGCCAUGCUGCUGUCUGUAAUCCAGUUGUCGAUAUGCAAGAUAAUAAUCGACAGUAUGAAGGCUUAUUUCUUCAAGGGGGAGUAAAUGAUUAUGACAAGUGUGUCUACUUUAUUGAUAGAGCUGAAACGUGGGCAAAUGCAGCGCAGUCAUGCCAAAAUAUCGUUCCGAUGCAUGAUGGUUGUAGCAACCCAGUCUACUGUCGAGGAAUGCUCGCAUCUAUCCAUUCUCAAUCACAGGAACAAAAAAUUGAACAAUCAAAUUUGCGACAAGAAGAAACGUACUGGAUUGGUCUUCGAAAUCAUUGUCUAAAUUGCGAGUUUGACUGGGCAGAUUUGUCACCAAUCGAUUAUACCAACUGGGGUGAUGGAGAGCCAAAUAAUGCUGGCGAUGGAGAGGAUUGUGUGACCAAGGGUGAUCACUGGAGUAGCUACACGUGGAACGACGAUAACUGCUCCAAGCCUUACAGAUUUAUGUGUGAAGCCUACACCUCUGAAAUUCAUCCUGCUCCGGACCCAUGGGAGUCCGCGAGCGGUGGAUGCAAGACUGGCUGGACCAAGUUCGGGAACGGUUGUUUCAAAUCGUUUGGAGGCAAACAAAUGAACGGCGAGGACGCUCAUUGGAAAAAUCUCGCUGAUGCUAAGGCCGCAUGUGUUGCUGCCUGGCCAGGAUCAACUCUUGCUGUUUUUCAUAACCAUUACUACCAAUACUUCGCUACUUCUCAGCUUCACGAGCUUGGAGUAACAACAUGGAUCGGAGCGGAGAAAACAUCCAACCAAGAUCACUAUUUUCACUGGAUGGAUGGUAGCAAAAUGAGCUUCACAAACUGGGCUCCUGGUGAACCAAACGGCGAACUGUCUGGUGAAAAUGGCGUUGAAAUGUAUGCCAAAACAAAUUACGAGUUUGGAUCAAAAGCAGGAUCUUGGAACGAUAUCUGGGUCGAUCACCAUAAAGCUUACAUGUGCAGUCACGUCGUCGACCCUAUGGAAUCAGGGACUGGCCCGAAUCCACUUAAUUGCCCUGAUGGUUGGACACCUUAUCGACACUUCUGCUAUAAGUUGGAAGGAGCUCAAGAAUCCGGUCAUAAAUCGUUUGAUGAUGCCAACGCUGAUUGUAUGGCACAAGAUAAACGUGCGAAAUUAGCCUCGAUCAUUGAUGAUCACGAGUUCAACUUCAUCAGGUCGAUGUUUUAUAAAACGCUCGAUCUUAACAAAGGAACUAUCAAUACUCCUGGUCCAUGGAUUGGCCUUGAAAUUCGACAGGACAAAGAUGGAGCAGUCAAUGGAAAGUGGCUUGAUGGCUUCUUGUACCAAGUGGAUUAUUGGGGAAGCAAGCAACCUGAUGGAAAUAUCAUCCCAAAAGAUGGAUCAAGAGCAUGCGCCUUCAUGGAAGUACCGACUGGUUUUUGGAAAAUUGCCGAUCAAGAUUGCAAACAGAGAUACCCAUACGUUUGCAAAUUAAACAUUGAAGACCUCGACUUUAAUCCAGAUCACUGGGAAGACAAAAGAGGAGAACCAUUAGACUGCCCAACUGGCUGGACUGCCCUCGUUUCUGACGAGCAUGUUUGUGUUCGUGCAGGAACUGACUCUUUCAACUGGUUCGAAGCCGAAGGCAAGUGCUCGCAUUGGCAUUAUGGAACUGGCCACUUGGUCUCUAUUCACUCUGAAACCAAAAAUACUGAAGUAAAAGCACUCUACCAAUCUCUUUCGGACAAAGAUUUCUGGGUUGGGGCUAGGCGAAAUCCAAACAACGCCUUUGUAUGGACCGAUAAUACGGAGUUUCUGUAUACAAAGUGGUCACAAGGCGAACCAUCUGGAGAGUGGCAGGGUGUUGCUGAAGAUUGUGUCCACCUUCGUAAUGAUGGCUAUUGGAACGAUGCCUAUUGCGCAGAUGACUACAUGGGAUACGUUUGCCAGAUUUCAAGAAUGUACUCUAAUUGCGUCAGCACACCAGAAGCUGACAAAGAAAUUUGCCCUGACGGACACGACGAGCGCUCUUGCAAUCUUCUAAAAUGCUGUUGGGAUCCAACAGCAAAGAAGAAAUGUUACAUGCCUGGGCUUGGAAAAAGCUCUGAUGGAAUGAGCCCUGGUGCAGCUGCAGGAAUUGUGAGCGGGGUUUUUAUCGCGCUCAACUUCGCUCUCUUUGCCUUUUUUACUUUGCGAAAUUAG